UCCUAGUCAGGGAACAUAAUAUCGAUCAUGUAGACAGAGACGCUUCCGAAUUUUUACGUGUUUAUUAAAUAAUAUAUUCAACAGUUUAUACAUACAUAUGUUAUAAUGAAAUGUACUAUAUAAUAUACGUCGAAGAUAAUUUAUUGUAACGGUGCUAUGAAGUUAUAACGGAUUUAAUAAAAGAUAUUCUGGACAGGUUGCGGGAUAACCUGUAAUACAUGAUACACAAUCUAUCUAUAUAUCUUGUUUUAUCUGAUAAAUAAAAAUUUUUUACAAUACCUACGGUUCGUCGUUUUGUCGCUUCACUAGCGGAAAUAUGGUUUCGAGUUCGUGCGAACAAAGAGUUUGGAGAAAUCUUGAAAUAGACAACAAGGCGCAUGUGAUCUGCUUCAUAAGAAAUAAUGAAUCGUGGAAGGUGAUCUUGACAGAUCUGAUAGAGAUUUGGAUAGAAUACCUAACACACGAAACUAUGUUUCGCAAAUGUCAGGCUUUGAAUCCUCUGUUGAGACCUCUCGAAGCUAUCGACUGGAAGCAACUGGUAAUGGAUAUGUUGAACGAUAUCCCUAAGCACGUUGUAGAGGCUUCCGUGUUUCAAAUAAAACUGCGAAAAGACCAGGGCUUCAUAAAGUUGAAAUUCUGGAUAGAUCUCGUCAAAGGUACACCACGACAGUUUUGGGAGAAUGUGACAAUGCCGUUCUGCUUGUCAUCGAUGGAGAUAGUUCGCCAACAUGAGAUCUUGUUGGACCUGGUGAGGAAGAAGGACGAGGAAAUCGCGGAGUACAAAGCAGGGGGAGCGGAGCUGAUUAGGAAGUAUAUCGCUACGAAACCGUUCAACGAAGAGUUGUUUCAAACUGACACUGCUGUGUCAGUUGCAACUGACUUUGCAAAAGCAUUCCAGUCGGUACUCAAUUGUUGCAAUACUAUAACCUUACCAAGAACGCACGUGAAGAUAGAGCCUGCUGAGGCAUCUACGAAUGGUGCAAGCGACGAUGUUUCUGGGAUUGAGGAAAACAGGCUUGUCAACUUGUCCAAGGAUGAACCUGUGGAGGAAACAAGGCAAAAUGAAAGUUACAAAGACGAGGAAAGCGAGGAAAAUAAAUGUCAAGUAAACCCAUCCGCCUGUGGGUCUUCAAUUUGGAAGUUGAGCAACACAUCUCACAGCAUACAAAAGUCCUUGAAAAAGAAGAAGAAGACGUUGAGCGAUCUUAUAUUAUAGUGCAAUUUUAUUCAGCUGUGCAAUAUCGCUUUAAUAUUGGUUUCAUCGUAAAUUCGAAUUUUACUUAAUGAGACUAGCUUGAAAGCAAAGUAAUUUAUUCUUGAGAGAUGCUAUGAUUGAUUGUUAGUUAUUUAUUGAAAGGCAGGAAAAGAAAUACUAUAUUUAUCUAUAUCAUAUAUAUUUACAUAUGCAUUACAUUGGGCUAAAUGUAAAAAAUAAUCUAAGUAGUCUAGAUAAUAUUAUCUAAUAUAUAUUUUUUGAUCAUUGAAAACUGUACCGUAAAACUGUAAAGUAAAACUGUACUGUUAAAUUGUAAAGUUUAGAACA